AUGAACGAAUAUAAUAACCGAGAUAUUGUUACAUGUUACGCUAAGAAACGAGAAUGGGCAGAAGCAGUGCCGGAGUCUAUAAUGCAUGAGCUGCGAAAGAGUUACAAUAUGCCUGUCGAAGAAAAUAUCCCAUUUCAAAAGAUGGUAGACGCUGGAUGUGGAAGUGGAAGAUCAACGCGAAUCUUCGCGCCGUAUUUCCAUUCAGUUGUCGGAUUUGAUAUAAGUCUGGAACAGAUUCAAAUGGCACAAGAAUCAGAACAGAAUGAUAACGUAACGUAUGUGACCGGAACAGAAGACAAUUUUCCAUGUGAAAACGAAAGCGUAGACUUGGUUGCAAGCUCUUUUGCUAUUCAUUACAUGGACACAGAAAAAUUUGUUGCCGAAUGCAAGAGGGUGUUGAAACCCAAUGGAAUUGUAGCUGCGUAUGGUCUAGCGGUUUUGGAUCUUGUACUUGACGAUUGCAAUGAGAAUAUUUCUCUGUCUGGAAUGGAUAUUUAUAAUGAAUACUACCUGAAACCUUUCACUGAAUUUGUUCACGAAUUGAAUCAUCCGCAAAAGCACGCCAUUGACAAAUAUCAGUCAAUUUAUGAUAGCAUUACUGGAAUGGAAAAGUGGAGAAACGAUAUUGUAGAAUUUGACAAUGCGUGUACUCUGAAUGACCUCAAGUCUCAAUUCCAGUGCAUUCCUAUCUUUCGCAAGUUCCAUGAAAGUUUUUCUGAAAGCCCGAUUGAUAUUUUGUGCAAAAAGUUGAAAGAGUUGUGGAAGAUGAAGGAAGAAAACGAUGCAGAUGUCAAAAUCAAAUUGACUUUUUCUGUGUUCAUCGUAUUUUUGAAACAAUUACCCUGA